AUGAUACAAAAGAUGAUCAACGCAGGAGAUCUCAAGCAGUACAUACAUAAAGUGGAUACCGAAGAUAGGACCAAACGAAGCAAGCAGGUUCAAUUGCCUGAAGGAAACCGAACCCUUAACACCAUAUCAUGCUCCGGAGCCGUAGGGCCUUCGCUAACAACGCAAAUAGGGAAAAGGUUAAAGAAGCAAUUUGAGGACUACUGUGAACUGUACAAAAUCGAUGGAGUGGAAGUAGACGAACACGAACAUUGGAUGGACGCACCUAUGAAUUUCGACGCUGAAGACAUCGAAGAGGAUAUGGAAGAUCACAAUGAUCCUUUGGUCCUCACGUUACCAGUAGCAGGAUUCAAUGUCAAGAAGAUCCUCAUCGACGGAGGGAGCUCAGUUAAUGUUUUGUUUUAUGACACAUUCAAACAAAUGGAGCUUAACGACGAGCAACUAAUGUCUUCGUACUACACCAUCUACGGGUUUAACGGGGCUCCUACGAAGCCAUUAGGAGACAUCGUCUUGCAAGUAAACGCAGGCCCCAUGAAAGUGGAUACACGAUUCAGCGUGGUAGAUGCUCCUUCCCCUUAUAAUGCCAUCAUUGGCCGAAGAUGGGUGCACAAUCUCAAAGGAGUAGCAACAACCUAUCACCAGUACCUCAGGUUUCCGACACCCGAAGGAGUAAUGGAAAUAAAAGGAGAUCAGGUUACCGCACGGGAAUGCUAG